GAGAGAGAGAGGGAGAGGGAGAGGGAGAGGGAGCAAGCUAUCUCUAGCUACGCCUUCCUCCGAGCUCCGGGAGCCCAGAAGAGCGCUCAUUUUAGGAUUUGGGGAGAGGGGUAAAAAGAGGGAAGGCAGCCCCCGGCUCUGCCCCGGCCCUGCCGCCCCCGGAGGGAGGGAGGACUCCGGCCCGCGCCCCCCUCCUGGCGGGCCGCCCAGCGAGCCGGGGCGCGCGCGGAGCGGGCGGCGCAGGGAGCUGUCCAGUUCAGCACCACCCGGUAAUGCAGUAGGUGGGAGCGCCUCCGCCGGGGGCCGAGCCGGCAGCGAGUGGGGGGGCAGGCGGGCGGCCCAUCCUGCAGCAAGACGCCGGCUCCCUUGUUUCCAGGAGCUUUGCAGAUAGGGGGAGGGAAACCCGCCUCGAUUCUCCGGGAGAAACCCCCUCCCUCCCCCACUUCGCCAACACUACCCCCGCCACCAACAACAAUAACCGCCGCCGCUGCUCGUCCUGCCGCCGCCGCCGCCGCCGCCGCCGCCGUGCCUGCCCGCCCUGCUGCCGCCGCCGCUGCCGCUGCCGGGGCAAAACCAUGGAAGGCGAGACCCCCGCACCUGUUCAGCUGAGAUCAAGGGCUUACAGAAUACUGGGAAGUCUGGUCUGAAACGAAAGCGCCCGAGACCCCCCCCCCCCCCCCAAGGAAGAGAACUGGCGAAGCAAAGGAUUUUCAUGGCGCAGGCCGCAGAGCCGAGAACGAAGACGGAAGGUUGCAUCCCGGCUUUUACAAUCUCUAACUGUCUAGGUCCCGACCAUGAGAGAUUGUGUUGAGAAUGCGGCUGUUCCCUGGUUCACUGUGGAAGCCAUCUCCAAAUUAGCUAUCACAUAUGGAAACUGGAGACCAGAAUUUUAGGAAAAGAGAUUAAGGCAUCUCACUUGGGGGGGUGGGGGGUGUCUUUUUAUUUUUUUUUUUCCUCCUUUUUUUAAAAAAAAUUUUACUGCAACUGGAACAGUUUCUGAUCUCAAAAGGCAAGCCUCUCUUCCCGUGUGAUCUUUAUAAUUUACACUCUUUUCCGUGAGCUUUUCUUACCUCCCUGGUUUUAUAUCUCUCCAUAUUCUCUAUUCACACACAGAUCCAUUAUAUUAGUAGUGGAAUUAUUUUUAUUUUUUUGCUUUAGUACUUGCACCCUCACACACACUCUCCCGAGAACCAGAAGUCGGUUGGGUGUUUAUAUAAUGAAGAAUUAUGGGGCUGUUUGAUCGAGGUGUUCAAAUGCUUUUAACCACCGUUGGUGCUUUCGCUGCCUUCAGUCUGAUGACCAUAGCUGUGGGAACCGACUAUUGGCUCUACUCCAGAGGGGUUUGCAAGACCAAAAGUGUCAGUGAGAAUGAAACCAGCAAAAAGAACGAGGAAGUUAUGACCCAUUCUGGAUUAUGGAGAACCUGCUGUCUAGAAGGGAACUUCAAAGGUCUCUGCAAGCAAAUCGAUCACUUCCCAGAGGAUGCAGAUUACGAAGCUGACACAGCAGAAUAUUUCCUCCGGGCUGUGAGGGCCUCAAGCAUUUUCCCAAUCCUGAGUGUGAUUCUGCUUUUCAUGGGUGGACUCUGCAUCGCAGCCAGUGAGUUCUACAAGACUCGACACAACAUCAUCCUGAGUGCCGGCAUCUUCUUCGUGUCUGCAGGUCUGAGUAACAUCAUUGGCAUCAUCGUGUAUAUAUCUGCCAAUGCCGGAGACCCCUCCAAGAGCGACUCCAAAAAGAAUAGUUACUCCUACGGCUGGUCCUUCUACUUCGGGGCCCUGUCCUUCAUCAUCGCCGAGAUGGUUGGGGUGCUGGCGGUGCACAUGUUUAUCGACCGGCACAAACAGCUGCGGGCCACCGCCCGCGCCACGGACUACCUCCAGGCCUCCGCCAUCACCCGCAUCCCCAGCUACCGCUACCGCUACCAGCGCCGAAGCCGCUCCAGCUCCCGCUCCACCGAGCCCUCACACUCCAGGGACGCCUCCCCCGUGGGCAUCAAGGGUUUCAACACCCUGCCGUCCACGGAGAUCUCCAUGUACACCCUCAGCAGGGACCCCCUGAAGGCCGCCACCACGCCCACCGCCACCUACAACUCCGACAGGGAUAACAGCUUCCUCCAAGUCCACAACUGUAUCCAGAAGGAGAACAAAGACUCUCUCCACUCCAACACAGCCAACCGCCGGACCACCCCCGUAUGAAGCCCGCGGGAGGGGGUGGGGGAGGGGCCUGGCAGCGCCGCAGGAGGGGCGCGUGCGCCGGGAGGUGGGGCGAGCAGGGGAGGGGGCGGGAACCCGACCAUCCAAGGGGAAGGGGAAACCUUCCAAGAGCAAAAAAAAAAACAAAACAAAAACAAAAAAACAAAAAAAUAAAAAAACAAAAAAAAACGAAAAAAAACAAAAAAGAGAAAAACAUAACAAGUAAAUUUGAAAAAAAAAGAACAAAAUAUAAGAGGAACACAGAAGCAAAACGACAGGAAAUGUGAAAAAAUAUUAACCGAGGGAAAGAAAAACAAACUUUAAAAAAAAAAAGCGAGAGAGGAUAAAAAAUUUAAAAUAGAAAAUAAAUCUAAAAGAAAAUGCAUGAUUUCCCAUGUACCAUUAUUUUAACAUUUAAUAAAAACCAAUUUAAACGAAAAAAUAAAAGGGAACCAAGAUAACAUUAAAGCAAAAAAAUGAGAAGGAGCGGAAAGGAAGGGGGAUGUUCUCUGCAUUUAUCAGGGGUUUAUGUUACUUUUUGUUUUAAUGCGGGAGAGUUAACUUUUCUGUUCUCUUUAACCCCAAGCGGGCUCUGCCUCCCUGGGCGAGUGGGGGGGUGGAGACUCAGGGGCCCCGGGGCCGGGUGAGCCCCUCGGUCACUGCCAGGUCCCUGGAGCCUCUGGAUGGUUGCCCCAGGAACGCUGGGCAAGCUCCGAGGCUCGCGAGGCUUGCGAGCCGGCUCCACCCAGCAUCGAUGGGGCAAUUGUAGGCCUCCAGGUGACCCUAGAGUCCUUGGUCCCUCCUGUCCGAAAGGUGCCUGGAGGGGGGUGCACUUGGGGCUUGCGUAGCGCCCAAGUUCCCAGUCCUUAAUGGUCCUUAACCCACUGUGAUGACUUCCUAGGCCUUGAGGGAGGGGAAGGAGAGGGGAUGGCUGCCUUUGGCUUGCAAGAUGCCCAGAAACCCUGGAAUCCUCAGGGUGAGCUUUUGGGGUCACCACCCCAAGCUCCUGUCCCUAGGAGCGGGAGAUGCUCACCCCCCGGGGGGUUAUAAAGCAGCUCUCCCUCCUCACCUCUCACCUCAGGGCCACUUGAUGACCCUGGGGCGAUGGUGGACCCCCAGACUCAUAGGCCCCCAGCCCCCUGGGAAGGGGGGCUCAUUGACCCUUUGGGGGUCCUUGGACUCACUGAAGCCCCCCUCCCGGGGGCCCAGCGAGUCCAACAACGACACUGCAAAAAGGUUUCUUUUUACAAAAGAAAAAGGAAAAACAAGUGGUGAUUUUUUUUAAUAAAAAAACCACAGACUAUAAAUAAAUGUAAAUAUAUAAUAAGUGGAUUUACUUGCAAGAAAAUCAGAUAGUAUUUUUCUUUUAAUUCUUUUCCAGCUUUAAACUGUGAAAACAAAACAAUGGGGUGGGGUGGGGGACUUAAAAUUUAGCAGGGAACUUGUAAAGAGAAAACAGAAAACAAAUAUACAAAUCCAUUAAAGAACAAAACAAAACCAAACUGCUGCAAGAUAUAAGGGCUGGGCUCAGGGGGAGGGAGAGGAGGAGGGCCCUGGGGGGAGAGACAGGGGGGUUCUGUGAGGAAAGACCUCUUCCUUAUACCAGGAAGGUGCUGCUAAUGUGGGAGAGAGAGAGAAUCACGAUGGAGAACCCGGUCUACACGAAGGAGAUCGAAUACCCACUCACACACACUCACAUACGCACACGUACACACUCCUCCGGGCCCUGUGCUCCAAUGACAUGCUGGGAUACACUCUCAGCCUAAACCCUUUCCUUCCCAUACAUAGCCAGAGGCAGGGUUCAGAGAACACUGACUCAUGCCCUCCAAAGCCAUUGACAACAACCACACACACACACACACACACACACACACACACUCACAUGCAUGGAAAGGGCCCCAGUCUAAAAUCUAGCUCUGGAUUUUGGAAUCCCUUGCUGCGAUGGCCUCUCUGGGCCUCAGUUUUCCCCUAUGUAAGCAUAAGGCUUGACCUACAUGAGUUUCAAAGGCCCAUUCUUAUUCUUGGUGUCGAUGACUUUUAAGAUGUGCCACCUGCCCAGAGGAAGAUGCCAGGGAUGACCAAAAUAGCUGCCAUCCAGCCCCCAGACAUUGCGAACAUUCCCAAAUCAUCAGUCAGCCUCUCAGUCAGACACACACACACACACACACACACACACACACACACACCCCAUAUGCCUCCUCACUGUGCUCCCAAGCCCCUGCCCCCACAUCCAAUGUCAGAGCAAAAAUACACACAUGUGAGCAAACAUAUCCUGCCAUUCAGACAGAGAGGGAGAAGGCACCAGAGGUCCCUAAAGUCACUCUUCAUUUGGUGUCCCCUUUCUUUAGUGCCAUAACCCAGUCACAGAGAGUGAAGGGGGCUUCUCUGAGAGAAAAGAUUAACAACCGCCAGGCCUUCCCCACUGCCUUUGGGGGUCAGAGAAAAAGGAUCCUCUGAGGUUUGCUGGGAGGGGUUAAGGUUGAGGGGACGGAGGGGAUCGCAGGUUGAGGACCAACCCCCCAAAUUAAGCUGACACCAUGGGCUAAAGUCUGGGGCGUCCCGUGUUGCUCCCCCACCUUCUUCCCAGACCAUCAAAGGCCAGUUCCGACUAACGGAAACCCAACAGCUUUCUCAAGUGUGGAUUUCAGCCCAGCCUGCCAGCCACUCUGCUCAAAGUGGGGGGCCCCUGCUGGCCCCCACUUGGUUUGCUUCGCACUGGCCUGGCCUGAAGUUCCUAAAGUUGAGCUCUGGAGAGUUGCGGGGAGUAGGAAAGGAAAGCCCUUUUUUCAAGUCAGCUGCAGCUGGAACCCUAAACUCAGCCUGAGCCACAAGGCAGAACAUCUGCUGGUCCCCCAGCGCACAGAAGGCCACGCCCCCCCGGGGGCAGAGCCAAGGCGGCCAAGGCUAGCGCGGUGGCAACACAGCCCUUCUCGGUCUGGGCAGAAAUCGCAGUCUCUCUCCCUCCCUCACCCCACCAGCUUCCAAACCUGAAAAAGAUGAAGGACUAGAGAGAAGGAGAGGCCCCAGGAAAACAGCAGACAAACGGGUGCUGUCGGAAGAGGAAAAUUGGCCCCAGUUCUCUGGGUUUUGGCAGAGUGUUUGUGGGGUAGCAACUGGCGCUUCUUUCCAGGCUGGGGCCUGGGUCGCUUGGAGAAGGCCAUCUGGGUGCAGGGUGAAGCCAGCACUGUGGAGAAAGGGCUAGGGGGCCCGAAGGGAGGGAGCGGGGAGGGGGGCUGUCAAGGGCACUGCUCGCCGGGGCAGCUGAUUGCUCAUCCCCAACUCAAACCAGUUCAAGAAACCAACCUCCGAUUUAUUUUCUUGGUGGGUCCUUUUUUUUUUUUUUUUUCAGACUGUUAACAGAAAAAAAAAAUUUUAAAAA